AUGUUUGCUGCAUAUCUCGAGAAACUCGCCAAUGCUGGCGGACCUGAGGUCACCUACGAGGCCGGCUGUCACUGCGGUUAUAUCGGCCUCUCAGUAGCACUCUCUCCUCCUCUGCCCAAGCAUGAGGUCAUAAACUGCAAUUGUUCUAUUUGCCGUCGAGGAGGUUACCUUCUUGUUUAUCCCGCGUGUGAGAAAGUGACCUGGCACAACGACUCAGAUAAGCGUGUCUCACGAUAUCAAUUCAACACAAAGGCUCGCGAUCACAUGUUCUGCCCCAAAUGCGGUGCCAGCAUCGGUAUCGACUUUGCGAGGGUAUGGCCUGAAGCUCCUCGCUAUGGUAUCAGUGUGCGACAAUUUAACAACAUCGAUCUCGACUCACUUCAAUACAUGAAACUCGAUGGCUUACAUACCGCUGAACCAGGAGUUGACUUGUCUGGUCAAGAGAUUGGUGCAAAGGCAGAUGAUGCCCCUGCUUCUAGUUCUUAA